AUGGUUACCCAUAUUUUUGGAAGCGCGGGAAGAUCGACUUCCUCGACCCUUUUUCUUUCACAAUUCUGGCGAGUGAUAAAUUAUGAUUGCAUUAACACAUGUAACCGUAGAGUUCACGUUUCCGUGCAGAGGGACCUCCCCUCCAGAUCGCGGAGAAUGCAUAGCAUCCGCAUGACACGCACCGGAUACGGAGGUUCUGCACUGUUAAAAGCAUAUCGAACGGGGCUGCAGCAUUUCCGAGGCGGGAUAAUGUAGAGACAAGGGACCCUUCCCAGUCCUGGCAUUGAAUCGGGCAUCCCUAAGCCUUGGGAAGCAAUGGUAACCUUUUUCCCCACUUCCCUAUUUCGUCACCGGUGAAUGCUCAGCUGCUCUCAGCGAGUGUAAGGUUACGAGAUGGCGGGGGUUGUCGUAUUUGGUCCUGAGGUUGAAUGCCCGUUUGCUCCACACAUUCCCAGCAUGAAGGACCUGGACAUUUGUAUCCGAGUUUAGUAUGGGCGCUCAGAUACGCACAGGUAAUUUCGCCAUACCAAUUUUUGAUCCCUGUGUUCAGGUUCUUCCUCAUGCUGGGAACGCGUAGUUGGUUGUAACAGGGUUAAAGCCUUCGGGAUCCCCCCCGCUUGAAUUUCCCCGCAGUGAUCCGAGCUCACUAGCUGCCGCUCCAACUCGAGUAUUGCUGAAAUUUUGGCCGCUAGCCGGACAGCUGUACCGUGAGAUCGAGAAGUGGAUUCCUAGGCAUAUUAUCGCUCAUUGAACUCGAGCUAUGAUAUCAACAACCCCGGUGCUGGUCAUCCCCCCCAUACCCGUAUUCCCAUGAGCGCCUGACCCGGGAGUUGCGGAAUUGUCCGAUACGGAAUGAAUCCCAGAUAAAUACCUGGCCACAUUGAAUGAAAGCGGGGACACCCCCGCCUC